AGUGGGUCCGAACGUUUACCACUCCUAGGCGUCACACUUUCUGUUCCGUUGUGUUGAAAUCAGAAUUCCGUUUUAUCUCGAAAACCGUAUUAACCUAUUCUGUUCUAUUUCAGUUUUCUUCCAUAACGAGCUCACUUCAGUUCUCUAGUCGAUUUCUCCAGCGAAGAAGACGACCAACCAAGAGAACCCUAGACACACCACCAUGAACGCUUUGAUCAAUCCCGACCCUGCAAGCUCUUCAAUCCCCAAUAUCAAACCUCGACAAUUCACACAGUCAAAGCUCCAAACCUCACUCCAAAUCCCUUCAAAGCAUGGCGAUCGUUGGACUCGAAGAAAGAAUCGGUUGACUAUCAGAGUUGUUUUAGAUUGGGCGACAACUGACGAAUUAGGGCCACCUGAAUCGGGAAUAGGAAAUCUUGCAAUUUCGUCUUCUUACCGGAGUUUGAAGAAUCCGAAACCGAAUCAGACGGUGUUGGAUGCUCAAGCAAGGGUUUGCACUGGCCCUACUCAGACUAGGCCUCUCACUGAAGAACAAGCUCUCAAGGUUUUGGACACCAUAUUAAAAUCAGCUAAGGGAGAACUCAAGGAUGAACAAGUUUCCAAAGCACAACUUGGGGCCUUUUUUGCAGCCAUGACAAUCCGUGCAAAUGCUUUUCCUGAGGCUACCCAAUGGAGUGAAGGGGAAAGGCAUGCAAUGAAUGUAUAUUGGCCUCGUUUGGUUCGAGCAUUACCCCCAGAUAUAAUUUUUAUAGCUGACCCUGAAGGAUCUAAUAUGGGACUUGGCACUUCAAUUGGGCCCCAAUAUGUUGGCAAUGGCACUUCUGAAAUGAGAUUGGUGGGUGCCCUUAGGGAAGUUUUGGCUGGGGGUCAUCUUGGAUAUGAGGAGGUUCAAGGUGUUUUGAAAGAUGUUCUUCCAUUCGAACUGGAAGAUAGGACAUUGGGGAGUGUAAGUGAGUCACUGCUUGCAGCGCUUUUGAUUGGUCAACGUAUGAACAGGGAGACAGAUCGUGAACUAAAAGCGUACUGCCUUGCCUUCGAUGAUGAACUUGGUUCUGCCCCAGUUGCUGAUGUUAGAUCAUUAACUCAUUAUGGUGAACCUUAUGAUGGAAACACACGAUACUUCAGGAGUACACUAUUUGUAGCUGCUGUUAGAUCCUGCUACGGUGAAUCUUGUUUGCUUCAUGGAGUGGAAUGGAUGCCACCAAAGGGUGGAAUAACUGAAGAACAAAUGCUCAGGUUCAUUGGAGCAAAUACACACUUAUCCCCAUUGCAAGGAAAAAAGCUUCUUGAGGAUGAGGAGGUUGGUUUUGCUUACAUAAGUCAACGUGAAGCUCACCCAUCUCUAUAUUCCUUAAUUGGUUUGAGGGAACAUAUAAAGAAACGUCCCCCACUGGCAACAGCUGAGAAGGUUCAGCAAUUUUUGAGGGCUCGAGGGAGAGAAGCAAUUGUUGCUGGAUUUUAUCAUGAAGGUUAUGAGGAGCCAUUGCUAAUGCUCAUGAGAAGAAGAGGUGUUCAUUCUGGUUUGGUGGUGAAGGGUGAGGAAGGGGCCCUUUCAAUGACGACAAAAUUGCGAUCAGUGAAUGCAUCAAAGGGAGUUCCUGUGAAUUACUGUGCAGGGUUCCGUUCGCUGAGUGUGGUGCCUGCUUGUGAGUUGGAUGGAGUGUCACGUGAGAGCUUCAGUCUUAUGGUGAAUGCCCAUGAAUAUGGAUUUGAUCCCACCGAUACUCCAAGAACUGAUAGAUCCGUUUCAAGGAAUAUAGAGUUGGGUUUAGCAGCACUUCGUGGUGAGAAAGGUCCAGCAUAUGAUCGAAUAGUCUUAAAUGCUGGAAUGGUUGAUCACUUGCUGGGAUGUGAUGGUGCUGAAGAUAUAUCGUCAGCCUUGGAUAGAGCUAGAGAGGCCAUUGACAGUGGCAAGGCCUUAAACAGGCUCAUAAAUUAUAUAAAGAUAUCUCACAAAGUAUAGUGAAAAAGUAGGUCUUGGUGGUGCCGACUUGUCUUUUUAGUCCACUUUUGUGAUUUGAUAUAUUAGUGAACAAAGCAAUAGAACUCUUGGGGGGGUUUUUUUUUUUUUGGUAAGUCGAGCUUCUUUCUUUUGUUUGUUGUGCACGUGUUAGGGGCUUGACAUACCCUGAAAUCAGGAAUUUUGUUUAUCUUAUAACAAUUUGUUGUACCUUAGCUAAAGUGGAAUAAAGGGUGG